GGAAUAUAGUCAAAGUAGAGGGAGAUAACUGUCAACAUAAUAUCGGCGGAAAUUUAUAAAGUAAAAACUUAACACACUUGACCUAAAGAAUGGAUUCAAAAAACCUGCAGGAACUCUCCGAACAUUUCACAACAAAAUUAGAUAGAAUUGGAACAUUACUAAACCUUCGGGAUGCUUGCCAAGACCACACAUGCAUUGAACAGCUACAGGCUUUACAGACUGAGCUUAGAACACAAGAAAACAAUCUAUCAUUGCUAAGGAACCAGUUUGCUGCCAAUCAGGAAAGUUUUAAAAGAAUAAAGUGUUUAAAUAACAUAAUGAUAGAAUGGAAGAAGAAGCUUGAAUAUAUGGUUGAAAAUAUUCCAGAGAGAUUACCUACACGUAAAAAGAACAUUCCAUGUGAUGAGCCGGCGACCACAGUUAAAGUUCCGGUGAUGGUAGUGAAAGCAUUGACUCAUGGUGACGCUGCUACAAAAACAAAAUGUAAACAGCAGGGAGCUACUCAACAUCAAGAAGCAAAUCAACAAACAGGGCGGCUAGAAAACACAUAUUUCCCUGAGAUAGAAUUCUUAACAACAGAGGAAUUCGAACAGGUUCCAAAAUAUAUAAAAGGUCGCAUAACAUACGACAGUGUGAAUAAGUUCAUUGAAGGAAUGAACAAAUCCUACAGAGCCAAGUACAAGCUUCUUAAACAGAAAAAGGCGACAUUAAAUGAUGCAAAUAGGAAGCGUUGUGAAGCUUACAAGGCACAGGAAACAAAAGAAACAAAGGGAUGUUAUUUCAUUGUUGACGAGGAUCUUAAAGACACAGGAGGUUUGAAGAUUGAUAAUGUUGCUCGCUCUACAUUGACGAUAAUACGACAUUGUGGGAGAUGUAGAGAAGUACGCGGGGGACGUAUCACAAGAUAUGUUUACGUAGACAACUAUUAGCUUGAGAGGGAGAGAAUGGUGUCAUUUCUAUCAAAGCAAAGAGAAAAAACUGUUGUUGUAUGGUACCUCAAAACAAGAUAUGAGCCGCAUCACAACAAAACCAACA